AUGACUUAUAUGCUUUAUUAAAAUACAUUUUUAAAAAAUAGCUAAAGUGAAAUUGCAAUAUUUUAUCAAUUUCCAAAAUAUACUUUUUUGAUCAAAAUGAUUCAGAUAAAAUUUCAACUUUUUUUUGAUUAUGCAUCACUUCUUACUCCCCUUGUGAGCGAAAAAAAAAAUCCCACUUCGCAAAAAUUGGAAAGCAAAUAUUAAUUUAAUUUGAAAAAUUUAUGUUAUAAAACAUUAAACAGAAUUAGCAAGAGGUUUCAUUAUAAUAAUUAUCAUUUAUAUAUCAAUUUUUUUUUUCCAUAAAAAAUUUUCUAUUAAAAAAAAUUUUCGUCCGCUCACGGAGGGGAGGGGAGUUAAUAUUUAUUUCACCAAUUUGCUUGCUUGGUUAAUAUAAUAGGGCUUAUUUAAGAAUGACGAUUUUUUUAAAAUUAAGAGAAACUCUUUUAUUUUUGAGAUUUUAUCGAAACCCAAAUAUUUAGAUAUUCUGAAAAUAAUAUUGAUCAGCAUUAUAUAUAAUAUAAAAGAUUUAUCAUCAUAUAUGGAAGGCACUUUAAAAACAGGUUGGAUUGAAAAGAGAUCGCAUUAUCUUAAAAAGUGGAGAAAGAGAUGGCUUGUUCUCAAUGAAACCUCCAUUUCUACAUAUAAGCAUCCUGAGUCCACAGCAACUCCCACUGCAAAUAUCAGCAUUAAUUCCAUUGUAGAAGCUGGCCCUUGGGAUCAAGAAAAUAAUAGAGAAUUUUGUUUCAAAAUUGCCACUCCAUCGAGACAAUACAUCAUUUCUACGAAUUCCUCUUCGGAUUUAGGAGGCUGACUCGAUCUAAUUACAAGUGCUAUGAAUUCCCCAAAAAACUCAACAAUAUUGAAUAUCUCGAAUUUCCAGGAACGCAAAGCCUUAACUCCCCUUCGUGAGCAAAAAUUUUUAUAUAAAAAAAACAAUUUUGGAAUAAGUUUUAAAUAGUAUAAUAAAAUCUCUAGUUAAUUAAAUAGGAUUUAAACAGUUUGCAUUUCAAACAUAAUUUUUACAAAUUAAAAAUACUUUCGGUUCCCAUUUUUGGAACUUUUUAAAUUUCAAUAAAAAUAUAUGCUAAAAAUUUUUUUGCUCACUCAUGGAUGAUGAUUUUUACCCAAAAAAUAGUAAUUUUUUCAAUGUUUUUGUUCGCUCUAGGGAGCAAGCGACAUUUCUUUAAUUUCUGUCUUUUCCAAAAUUAAAGAAAUUUUAAAUAAUCGAGAACAAGAUCUUAGUCAAGAGAUUGAAAAUUUGUACGAAAACCAUAUUAAAAUAGCAGAAAUUGAGCAAAUAAAAAUUAAUGAAAUCUUAGAAUCAGAAACCAAAAGUUAUGAAAAAUUUGAAAAUAUCUUAAAAUCGAAUAGAUCAGCUGUACAUAAAAUUAGACUUAUUCAAGCUAUAAAAAGAAAUAACUUAAUGUUCAAAGACUUUGAUAACGAAUCAGAAACUCAAUUUAGUGUAGCAAUUCCUGACGAAGGGCUCAAAAAAAUAAUUCACUCUUCAACUCGUGUAAGGCUUGAUAACCCACUUGAAGAAAAAAUAAGAAGAACAACAAUAACGAGGGCUCUUAAAUGGAGGUACACUGGUGAGCGUAUUGAUGCGCUAACUUUUACAGUUUCUGAGCCUAUAAAACUCACUGGAGUUGGAAUCUGUGCUCCUUAUAAAGCUGGAGGAGUCACAACGGUAAAAGAGUUUCAAGUGAUUAAAGGGAAUUAUACUGGCUCAUCAUCUGCUUAUCGUCAUCCUCAAAGUAUUGUAAUUGAAUAUAACUCUGAUGAAUCAGUCUUCAAAAUUGAGAUGGAUAGCCCAAUACCGAUUUCAAAAAAUCACAAAUACACAGUGAUGUUUUGUAUAGAAGGGUCUCAUACUUAUAAAUGUGUCGACUGCAUGCAAUCUGUGACGGGGCCGGGACAUAUUCGAUGGGAUUUUGAAAAUACAACUUUCUCUCAAAAUCAUCAAAAUAAUCGCUGUGAUACAAUUUGCGGACCAAUAGCUGACUUUUAUUAUAUAGUUGAUUAG